AUGAGAGAACCUAUACUCCUACUUCUUCUAGUCCUAUUAGUAAUAGUCGGCGCACAAUUCGAACCGGGUCGCCUAUGCUUUUGUAAAGGCGACGAGGCGGUCGAGCCGUGCGAUUGUUCACAAACGCGUACAAUUGAUAGACUGAAUAAUGAUCGGAUUUUUGAAAAAGUUCAAAAGUUGCUCAAGAAAGACUUCUUCCGGUUUUAUAAGGUAAACAUGGAUAAGACAUGCCCAUUCUGGGCGGAUGAGCGACAAUGCGGCACCAAUCAGUGCGGUAUCGCAUUCUGCGAUGACGAGGUGCCCGCUGGUCUUCGUCGGCGAAACGCGGUGAACAUGGUACGACGAAGCUCACACGAGAGCAAUCUGAAUCACAACAACCGCUGGAACGACACGACAACCCUCACUGUUGUUCAGGAGGAGGCCAAAGAAGAGGUCAAGGAGGAGACGACGGAAAAGUGUGCCGAUGCUGGAAACAAUAUCGAUCCGAUGGAUCGGACGUUGAAGGAUGAUGAGAAACGACAGUUGGAUGCAAUGGAUCAUCAUGACGAUGGUCUGGAAGACAAGUUUUGUGAGAUAGAGGAUGACGAAUCCGACGGAAUGCACUAUGUGGACCUGUCGAAGAACCCGGAACGAUACACAGGAUACGCUGGAAAAUCGCCGCAACGAGUGUGGAAGAGUAUCUACGAGGAGAAUUGUUUUAAACCGGACCCCAAGUUUGACAAGAACUUUUUGACGAAUCCUAGCAAUUUUGGAAUGUGCCUCGAGAAGCGAGUAUUCUAUAGAUUGAUUUCCGGACUCCACUCGGCUAUUACCAUCUCAAUUGCAGCGUAUAACUAUAAGCCACCACCACCAUCCCUUGGUCAAUUCGGAUCACAAAUGGGAACUUGGUUCCGUAACACCGAAAUGUUUGCGGGACGAUUUGGAACGAAAUGGUCGUGGGAAGGACCUCAACGCCUUCGAAAUGUCUAUUUCAUCUAUCUUCUGGAGCUUCGUGCACUUCUCAAAGCGGCGCCAUACCUGCAAAACGAGCUCUUCUACACUGGAAACGAUCAGGAGGAUGCGGAGACGCGGAAAGCUGUGGAAGAGUUGCUCGAGGAGAUUCGAGCCUAUCCUGAUCACUUUGAUGAAUCUGAGAUGUUCACUGGAGUCGAGUCACACGCCAGAGCGCUUCGUGAAGAAUUCAGAUCGCAUUUCGUGAAUAUCUCGAGAAUUAUGGAUUGUGUGGAAUGUGAUAAGUGUCGACUGUGGGGAAAAGUUCAAACGCAUGGAAUGGGAACAGCUCUGAAGAUCUUGUUUUCUGAUCUACCACAUUCACAUUAUAAACAAGACUCGUCCAGGUUCCAAUUGACUAGAAACGAGGUGGUAGCACUUCUUCAAAGUUUCGGACGCUACUCUUCAAGUAUCAUGGAGGUUGACAAUUUCCGAAAAGAUAUGUAUCCAGAAGGGCAACAACAAACAUCGAAAUCGAAGGAUUCUCGAAAAAAUUCCAAAAAAGUUGAUUUAUAG